AUGCCGGUAAUAGCCGUGUUGACCAUACAAGCCCAGGCCUUAAAUGCAAAUGGCACUUUUGUGUUUAAUUCUGGCCUAGCUGCGAAGGGCCAUGUGCAAUUUGGUGAAAACCUUCAGUCUAGUCCAGCGGAAUGUCAAGUGAAAUUCAAAAAUGUCAAUUUGUGUCAGCCAUCUAAAGAGAAACAGAAAGAUACCAAGUUCUAUUGUUGCGAUAUGUGGAAGUCCUAUAAUUGUGCCAAGGAACAUUACAAGACAACUUGUGACUGGGUAGAAGUAGUGCUCUUAGACUUUCUAUGGAACUCAUUUGCAACCGAACAUGGUAAAAUCGGUGCAAACCUGUUGGCUGAUCCACCUAGUUACGAAAACUGCAUGUAUAAAAUUGGUGUUGCCAAUGUGUGUCCACAAUCCUAUGAAAAACAAAAAGACACCGAGUACUAUUGUUGCAAUAUGUGGAAAACAUAUCAUUGUGCCAAGAAAUUUUACAAGGAUAAAUGUGACUGGGUUGAGCAAAUCUAUACUGAUUUUGAAUGGGACAUGUUUGGAGUUAGUUACGAAAUUGAUCAAAUUGGAUACUAG